GCAUGAACAUUCUGUCCUAUAGAUACUGCUGCAGUUGCUGAGAGGCAACCAAGCCUUUACCGAGCCUUUCAUUCAGUAUUUGAUUUCAGUCUCACGAUUCAGAGAUUCAGAAUGAAGUUCGUUCGCUUUAUUAUGAAGAGUUCUGCUUUGGCCAACGUGCCUAAACACAUCGAGCACUUCUCCAAAUUCUCACCUUCUCCUCUGUCUAUGAAGCAGUUUCUGGAUUUCGGGUCCACAAAUGCAUGUGAAAAAACGUCAUUUGUUUUCCUGAGGCAAGAGCUCCCUGUCCGUCUGUCCAACAUCAUGAAGGAGAUCAACUUGCUCCCCGACAGACUGAGGACAACCCCCUCUGUUCAGAUGGUGCAGAGCUGGUAUGUCCAGAGUCUAAUGGAGCUCCUCGAGUUCUUGGAGAAAAGUCCCGAAGAUCACAGUGUUCUAGCAGAUUUUGUUGAAACACUGGUGAAUAUCAGAAACCGACACAACGAUGUUGUUCCCACCAUGGCCCAAGGUGUGAUCGAGUACAAAGAAGUAUUUGGUCAAGAUCCUCUCACCAAUCAGAACAUACAGUAUUUCUUGGACCGCUUUUACAUGAGCAGGAUAUCCAUCCGCAUGCUGAUCAACCAGCACACUCUGGUCUUUGAUGGUGCCACAAAUCCUGUUCAUCCAAACACCAUUGGCAGUAUUGACCCUCAUUGCCAAGUCACAGAAGUUGUCAAAGAUGCCUACGAGAGUGCCAAAAUGCUGUGUGACCAGUACUACCUCAGCUCUCCUGACCUGCUGCUGCAAGAGCUCAACAUUAACAACAGAAACCAGCCGAUUAGCAUAGUCUAUGUGCCUUCCCACCUCUACCAUAUGCUGUUUGAGUUAUUCAAGAAUGCAAUGAGGGCAACUAUUGAAAACCAUGGUGAAGGCAGCAAUCUUCCACCUAUUGAAGUGAUGGUGGCCAUUGGAGGAGAGGACCUUUCUGUCAAGAUGAGUGACAGAGGCGGUGGCGUGCCUUUCAGAAAGAUGGAGAAUCUUUUCAGCUACAUGUACUCCACAGCCCCGACUCCUCAGCUUGGCGACAAUCACGGAGCACCUCUGGCUGGCUUUGGUUACGGGCUGCCUAUCUCUCGCCUCUAUGCAAAGUAUUUCCAGGGAGACCUCCAGCUCUACUCUAUGGAAGGCUAUGGUACAGAUGCUGUCAUUCAUUUAAAGGCGUUAUCCACCGACUCAGUAGAGAGACUCCCAGUGUACAACAAGACUGCCCUGCGGAACUACACCGUGAGCCAGGGGGCUGACGACUGGUGCGUGCCCAGCAAAGAGCCGCUCGACCUGGCUGUGUUCCGACUGGCCAAGUGAAGAGCCAUCAGCAGCCUGGAGCCUUCUGGAUGAACUAAGAAGAAUAGAAGUCCUGGAGCUGGCACUCUGGCACUGGGACCAGUGAGAGUUACGCAGUGCUCUUGUGAAGCCGGACGCUCACUGUGAAGCCUUGUAGCUCUAGUUAUCGCAUGCAAUGGCUUUUUUUCCUCCACACCAUAAUCAACUCAUGAAGUUUUUCCUUUACUUUUUUUUUUUAGGUUUUGUUUUGGUUUGAGAAUUGAGGAAACUACCUUCAGUAUCACAGUGUUACCUGUAGACCAAGCAUUCAGGAGUGUGAGAAAGCCAAAUGUGACCACUUGAAGCUCUUUAAGCUCCGGUAGUGCGUUACGAAAGGGCCAGAUGUGCAGAGGUUAGUGUGAGGAAGAGCCUGACUGAGCUGCUAACUUUGUUAGACAGCAGAUGGAGAGCAGCGGGCCCUUAAGGGCAGGAACCAGAGUCAGUAUUAUUAUAGGAGGUCCAUGUGCAAAUCAGCUUUGCGACAGUAUGGAAAGAAAGGGACGCAAAGAUAGAAUCGGAGAUUUAUAUGAAGAAAAGCCCACCAGAAGAAUACAAGAGAGAGAAAGGGAGAGGGCACGUGUAAUAGCAGAUUGUGGCAGCAUCAUAGCUGUGAUUUGGUCAUUUGUAAGGAGUUCACAGCUAAGUUUUGCAAUAGACGAUGCAAAUGCUAGUUUAAAUGUGUGUUUUUCAAUUUUACUAAAUUCUUCCUCCAUGAAAAGUAGUUCCAGCAGGUUAAGAUAAAGCAAACAUUGCUUUUGUUGUUGUUGUUAGUAAUUAAUAAUGUUGACUAAGCAAUUAGUGUCAAAUGAUUCACCUUCGGUUGGGAAAAAGCUCAAAACGUGCUGUUUUUGGAUGAAGCAACAUAGCUAGAUCACUUUUUUUAGUGAUUGAAAUUGGGUGGUCAGAUUAAGCUAUUGUUUAAUAAUCCAGAAUUUGAUUUACCUUGGAUGUCGAAUGUCAGAGUUAAACAGGGGCGUUAAGCAUGAAAAAAAUUAGCUAGCAAAUUAUCAUUGUUAGCAUUGGACACAUUAUUAUGUAGACAGUGGACAGUUGGGGAGUGCUGUGUGUACCACUGAUUUAUUAAUGCAAUAGUAGAUAGAAGUGCUAAUAUUCUGUACAAUACUACUACAUUUACAUAUAUUAGUUGACGUGCUGUACAGCCAUCUUGGAUUCUAAGCUCCUGGGUUGGUGAGGAUCUCCCGACCUUCCAGAGUAGCAUUUCUGUCUUGUAGGAGAGUUCCAGUUAAAGUUACUCCUACAUGGAACAAGGAGGUUUCAUCAUUCACAGUAGAAGCUGUGAAAGACUGUGUAUGUGUACGACUAUAUGAAGCAAAAUCGAUGUUGGUCCAUGUGUGUUAAGACGCUAUUAACCUUGGUUUUAGGUCACGUUCUAGUCAUGUUCAAGGGAACUGUAUCCGUUUCAUCCUCUCCACACUCUGUCGGAGUCACAAAUAGAUCAGCUAUCUAUAACCAGUGCUUAGAAGAAAAGAGGACCAUAUUCAGAGGCCAGAUCAGAGCACCCUCCUUGGGUUCAUGUGAGGUGAUGGUGUUAUGUUGUCCUAUACAAGGGCAUUGGCGUUGACAGUGUUCUCAUACUGAAAAAUCAGAUAAGUAAGAAGUAUUGAGUGAAAAUGAUAUUGUGUCUGGAACAACCCUCAGUGUAAUACUGUGUAUCAGGAGUGGUGUUCCACUACACGUUGUUGCCAAGUCAGCCAGGCCAUCCCUGGCGUAUUGCUCUGUUGAAGGGGAUUUGAAUGUGGUAAUUCAUUAUCCAUAACCUCAUUACUUUCAUGACUGAAAACACUUCAGGCAUUUACAGUUUGAUCUUUUUCAAAACCGCUGUUUCUUGCUUGUGAGUUUAUUCUUCCAUAUUCUGUAUAAUGUUCUUGCUCAGCAAGAAUGUAAAUAUGCAGCACGCCCAUCUUUAGCCUUUUUCUCAAGCGUUUGGAUGGGUGUUAGAAGGCCUUAAGGUUUCGUAAGCUUUCAGCAGCCUUUUAUUGUUCAGCUUGCAAUGAUUCAAUUUAUGUAUUAAAUCCAUUGAAAUAACAUGGAUUUUGUUUCCAUUGUUUAAAUUCUGUGCCUCUUAUUUCAGAAAAGAACCACAUACACUGAAUGUACUGUUCAACAUAUACCUUGCAAGCCUUUAAGGACCAUAUUUUGUGUGUGUAUUUGGAUUUGAUGUGUGUUUUAGAUUUUUUUUUUUUUUUUUACUAAACUUUUAACUCCUUAAUGACUGAAAGAGAGUUAAUAUUUUGGGAAUAAAAUCUUUCCAUAUUUUCCAUUGUAUAUGUAAUGGAUGUGCAUAUAAUGGAAAUAAACAUGACAUUUCAUUAAAUAUAA